UGACCUAGCGCUUUACGACAGUUGCUUUGUGGCAGCCCGGAGGAGGAAGAUGGCGGCAACCUUAGUAGCUGCUCGAGGAUCCCGCCCAGUACCGGCUUGGGGGCCGGAGGCGCUCGCUCCCGACUGGGAAAACCGGGAAGUCUCCACAGGGACCACUAUCAUGGCUGUGCAAUUUGAUGGGGGCGUGGUUCUGGGGGCCGACUCCAGGACAACCACUGGGUCCUACAUCGCCAAUCGCGUGACUGACAAGCUGACUCCCAUUCAUGACCGAAUUUUUUGCUGCCGUUCAGGCUCAGCAGCUGAUACCCAGGCAGUAGCUGAUGCUGUCACUUACCAGCUUGGCUUCCACAGCAUUGAGCUGAAUGAGCCUCCACUGGUACACACAGCAGCCAGCCUCUUCAAGGAGAUGUGUUACCGAUACCGGGAAGACUUGAUGGCAGGAAUCAUCAUCGCCGGUUGGGACCCGCAAGAAGGAGGGCAGGUGUACUCAGUGCCCAUGGGGGGUAUGAUGGUAAGGCAGUCCUUUGCCAUCGGAGGCUCCGGGAGCUCCUAUAUCUAUGGUUAUGUCGAUGCUACCUACCGGGAGGGCAUGGACAAGGAAGAGUGUCUGCACUUCACUGCCAAUGCCCAGCAUCUAACCCUAACUUUCUCCUUCUAUCCACAGCUCUUGCUUUGGCCAUGGAACGGGAUGGCUCCAGUGGAGGGGUGAUCCGCCUGGCAGCCAUUGAAGAAUCAGGGGUAGAGCGGCAGGUACUUUUGGGAGACCAGAUUCCCAAAUUCACCAUUGCUACUUUACCACCCCCUAAAUACUGAGAUUCUAGAAUAUAAUGAGAUACCCCAUAAGGAC